AUGUGCUUCUCUCCCUUUGUGUUUCAGAUGAAGCUGCCAAGCUCGGUGGGACAGAAGAAGAUUAAAGCGCUGGAGCAGAUGCUGACAGAACUGGGAGUAGAUCUGAACCCCAUGCCAACAGAAGAAAUCGUGCAGAUGUUCAAUGAGCUGCGGAGUGACCAGGUAUUACUGUAUGAACUGAAACAAGCCUACGCCAGCUGUGAGUAUGAACUACAGAUGUUAAGACACCGCUACGAGGCUCUUGCAAAAGCUGGAGGUUUGGGGCCAGUAACAGGAGACUGGCCCAAUACAGAUGGACAGCUAGGAGUCAGUUUGGAUGAUCUGAAGAGUGAAGGAAAAGAUGCAAUCAUUGAUGUGGUGGGAGCGCCAUUGACUCCAAAUUCUGUAAGUAUAACUGAUCAACAGAACAUGUAG